ACAACUUGGAAAAUAUUGUUGGUUACUUCUAAGUUCUAAGUAAAAACAACUUGGGUAAGCAAUAUGAUUUCAUUCUGCAUCUUCUUUUUGAACACUAAUUUAUCACAUUUGUUUUGAAAUAUGUGACAAUAUCAGCUUUCAUUGCUACCAUAUAAUACUAAAAAGGAACUGAUUAAUAUUCUUGAAGAUGUUUCUUUAAUUUUGAACUUUUUUUUAGAACACUUUUGAAAAACAUAUGAGAGAAGUGAAAGGAUUUAUCCUUCAACUUUCAUAAUAAAAAAUAUUUUCAAUUGCUUUUGUGAAGAAAAAUUUAACAAUUAGAAACCCAGGUAAAAUAAAAAAUUACGAUUCCCAUAAACCAGAAAACUGAGUCUGCGCUGUCUAUACUUGUAGGUCAAGAGUCUUUUGAUUUGUUAGGACCAAAUGCACAAUGGUGUUCUAACUAAAAAGAAUAUCUCCCUAUCCAUCUUCAAUUUUUCUUUUAUAAUAUCUUAAUAUGAACUACAACAUCACGUAUAUAUAUUUCUGACAAAAUGCACACUCUAUAUUCAUUGACAUCUGCCUUCCAAAUGUAUGUUCAUUGGUGAUGAAAUGUAGAUUUGGACAACAAAAGAAAUUCUGUGUACAACUUCAUAAGUUGAGAUUAGGUUCAUAUUAAGAUAAAUUGGCAAGUAGUCAUCCAUGACAUUCAAGCAGUGUCCACAUGCCAUCACAGGGAGGUUCAUCAUAAGGUUUACAAUGUCAUUAAGAAGAUUAAUGCCCCUUUGACUAUUAUUUAGUGAAGGACUGGAGAUCCAUUGUUUAGGCAUGCAUUUUUUUAUGCAUUUUUUUUAUGUGUCUCAAAGGAUUAAUUGGCUUGUCAAAGGGCAUAGUAUAUGGACACGUUGUACAGGUUGGAGCCAAAUUGGUUCAUUGCAAAACAUUGAAUUUGCAAAAGGCUCCUAAGCUGGUGGCUAAGCAAAAGAAGCCUCCUAAAUUCUCAGGAGUGUGAUGAAAGAUGACGGUGCUUUGUUUGACUGAAUAUGGUCACUUUCUUCCAUUUAGUGCUGCCGAAGGCACAUAGAUUUCUAAGGAUGGCAUGACAUUUUGGUCAAGUAUGAGUUCUCUUUGCAUCAAUGGGUGGAGCAGAAGAAGGUAAUGAAAACAAAGAAAUUGUCAACCAGGAACCUGAUCAUGGAAGGCCCUUCUUUGGAAGCACAGAUGUUGCGGAGCAAUCCAAGCUACUUGCACAGAAACAGUGCACAAUGUAUGGCAACCUAUUCAAACAGUGCAUCAUUUAGGAAAAAGCCUUCUUCCCAAGUUUCUGUCCAAACUUCGUCCAAGCACUGAAUUGGUUGCAAGGGAUUUUGAACUCAGUUCUCCCCUUUUGAUUCUUUUGUAUGGCUUGUUUGCAGGCUAGCAUUGAAUCGGAUAAGAUAAUGAUAAAGAAUAUUUUUUAUGCUUUGGUGAAGAAGAAGAAGUGCGCGGCAGCUCGCGCACUUCUUGUGAAACUGGCAAGUGAGAGAAGACUGGAACCUUCUGUUCCCAAACGAUAUAUUGCAGGACUCUGCAGGCAUGGAAGAGUGUAUGAGGCACUUGAUUUGUUUUAUGAGUUGAAAAAGCUUGACCCAGAGCCCCCUUUGCGCAUCUGGAAUUCGAUUUUGAGGGGUUCACUUGGAAUUGGGAGGACUGAUCAAGUGUGGCAGGUUUAUGGAGAGAUGAUGGAAUCUGGUCUUUCAGGCGAUGUGAAAACCUUUUGCAUACUUAUUCAAGCCUUCUGCAAAGAGAGAAGGUUUGAUGAAGCUUAUGGUUUGGUUCAUGAAGUCCUCACUACUGGUGAUGUUCCUGAUGUUGUUACUUUUACCAAAUUGAUUGCUGGAUUCUGCAAGGAGGGUGAUUACAGCAAAGUGUCCCAACUUCUUCAUCUUAUGAUUGCGAAAAACUGUAUGCCUGAUCUAAUCACCUACCAGGAGAUUAUAUAUUGGCUUUGUAAGCAGCAUGAAACUGAUGAAGGGCUCCGCAUAUUUAAUGAGUUGAUAGAAAGGGGAUAUAAUCCUGGUGUCUUCACUUAUACAACUGCAAUGGAUGGCCUCUGCAGGACAAAGAGAGUGAAUGAGGCUAAAAUGCUUUGGUCCCAAAUGCUGAGUCUGAAAUUGGCUCCAAAUGUACAUACAUACAACGUGCUUAUUGAUGGAUACUGUAAGUUGGGGAGAAUGUCGAAUGCUAGGAAGUUGUAUAUGCAGAUGCAUGAAAGUGGAUGUAAACCAAAUAUCAAGACAUACAGCAUAUUACUUGAUGGAUACUGUAGACAAGGAAAGGUAUCCCAGGCUACUAAGCUGUUUGAGGAGAUGCUGCCUGUGGGCAUAAAGCCUGAUGUUAUCACCUACAAUAUUCUGAUACGGGCAUCCUGCAAGGAAGGAAACACUGAUAAUGCUGUUAAACUUUACCAUGAGUUGCUUGAGUCAGGAUUGCAGCCAAUUGCUUGCUCAUAUACACCUCUUAUUCGAAUAUUAUCUAGUCAAGGUAAAAUGUCCGAAGCAGUAGAGUUUUUCAGUGACAUGCUGGCAAGGAGUUUGCGUCCAUUGAAAUGUAUGUACGAUUAUAUGAUUGAUGGUUAUUGCAAAGUUGGGAACAUAAAUGAGGCAGUGACGGUGCUUGUGAAAAUGCUAGAAGAGGAACUAAGACCUAAAAAACGUACCUUCAAUAAACUGAUCCUAUCCCUUUGUGCUGAAGGGCAGACACUUGAUGCAUUAUCAGUCUUAGACGCGAUGUUGGAGAUGGGCUGCAGUCCAGGUCAAUCUAUUACAUACAACGUGGUCUAUAACUUAUGCAGGGACCAAACGGGAAAUGCUGUAAAGUGUUUGAAUGAAAUCAUUGGUGAUGAUUGCAUGUUCAUUUAAAGAGUUAUCGUUAUUGGAUGUACAGAAACUACCUGGAGGUUGUAGCCUGUGAUUCUGGUGAGUGGUCUCCAUAUUGAUAGCAGAAUCUGCAGUUUAACCGAUACACAAACUAGGCAGUCAACUCUUUGACUGCUUAACUUUUGGCAGGUAUCAUUUUACUAUAGGAACCAGAGGAUAUGCUCAGUUAUAGAAACGAGAACCUCUUUAUAUCCUAAAUGAAGGAAUUUGGAUUUGCUGUGGAGCACAGUCUGGGUGCUAACUUUUAUUUCCUUCAAGCGUCUCUACUUUGGUUCUCCAUCUCUUCCACUGUGCUGGUUCUGUUGAGUCACCUUUUUGAUUGGCACUUUCUUGUCCUGAUACUGGAAUUGCAGCAAACGUACUGGAUUCGAACUUGUACAAGAUAAUCUUGGAUUCAGAAAAGGCAUGAAGUGGUCCUUGUUCCAUAUUAACUGGAGCAAAUGAAGCACAUUUCCUACUGCAGCCUUCUUGACAGGUCUUCCUUGAAGGAUCUGUAAAUCAGGUCACCAUCGUGCGGAAUCUCUAAACGCUGAAGUAAGAGCUGACGUGGUCAUUAACGAGGCUAUCAAACUGGCGGGUUUUUCUUUUCAGCUUGAUUCUAUAUAGUUCUGUCUUUGUGUCAUUUGGCCUCCAGUAACUGGAACGCUUCAGUGGAAGUGGCAUCAUGGUCUAACAUCUAUUGGUUGCUUUUUAUUUUUUCCAAUAGUUGUUGCCACUUUGGCCGUGUGAUAAGGCUAACAUCCGUCACCUUUUCACCCAUUCUUAUACACUCCUCUUGGUGUUGCAAUAUUUUUUCAUAAAUCGACAACUUUUAUUGUUCCCUGAAGUCCUGGCUAUCUUGGUCUGAGUGAAGUAUGUGGUUUAAUGUGGUUUUAGAUACCAAUUUCUGAUGUGAGGAUGAUGAUAAAGAGUCAUUUCCAUAUUUUCUUGAAA